GCUUCACCCUUUCGAAGAUAACUAUACUAUUACUUACCAACACACCUACGGAGGCGGAAGUCCAGUACUGUCACUACUGUGUAAUACCUACUUACCUAAGUACGGGGUACUUAUCUCCAAAAGUACAUACACUCCUUCAAAUCGUUUUAACAUCCCCUUCGCUCCUUAGACCUUGUGCUUCUUCCUCACCUCUCCUUCUCCCUCCUCCCCUCCCUCACUUUCACCCUCCUACACCAACCUCAACAGAGUCCUUGACUCGUCCACAGCGCGAUUGCGCCUCGACUCUGGUCACAAAUUCUUCCCUCAUCAUGGCCGUGAACGGCAGCUUCGUGUCUCCUUCGGCGGAUGCGAAAGUCGCCCACCAGAUCGCUCAAUUGAAUGUCAACGGCAUCAUCUCGAGCAUCCUCAAUGUCAAUGGCUGGACCCUCGCCUUGACCCUGUUCUUGGUCUUGGUGGCCUAUGAUCAGUUCAAGUACAUCUACAACAAGGGCUCUAUUGUUGGCCCUGCUUGGAAAGCGCCCUUCAUCGGACCUUUCCUCGAGUCUGUCAACCCGGAUUUCAAGCAGUACCACGCAAAGUGGACCUCCGGCCCCCUGAGCUGCGUCUCCGUCUUCCACAAGUUCGUCGUGAUCGCUUCUACUCGUGACAUGGCCCGCAAGAUCUUCAACUCCCCUACUUUCGUCAAACCCUGCGUUGUCGACGCCGCCUACAAGCUCCUCCGCCCCAACAACUGGGUCUUCCUCGAUGGAAAGGCCCACGUCGACUACCGCAAGGGAUUGAACGGCCUAUUCACCCGUCAGGCCCUCGAGCAAUACCUUCCUGGACAAGAGGAGGUCUACAACAAGUACUUCUCCAAGUUCGUCAAGCUCUCCCAGGAGACAAUGAAGGGCGAGCCCAUGCCUUUCAUGCCCGAGUUCCGUGAAAUGUUCACCGCAUUGAGCUGCAGAACUUUUGUUGGUCACUACAUGUCCGACGAGACCGUCAAGAAGAUCUCCGACGAUUACUACUUGGUCACUGCUGCAUUGGAGCUUGUCAACUUCCCCAUCAUCAUUCCUUUCACCAAGGUAUGGUAUGGAAAGAAGGCCGCCGACAUGAUCUUGGAGGAAUUCGCAAAGUGCGCCGCCAAGAGCAAGAUCCGCAUGGCUGCUGGAGGCGAGAAGGAGUGCAUUCUCGAUUUCUGGGUCUCCUCCAUGAUCGAAUCCGAGGCCUACCGCAAGAAGGUCGCUUCAGGAGUCAAGGUUGACGAUUCCGAGAAACCUUCCAUGCUCAUCCGUGACUUCUCUGAUUUCGAAAUCUCUAUGACCAUCAUGACCUUCCUUUUCGCUAGCCAGGAUGCUACCUCUUCUGCCGGCACCUGGUUGUUCCAAAUCAUGGCUGACCGACCCGAGUUCUUGGACAAGGUCCGUGAAGAGAACAUUGCUAUCCGAAAUGGCGACAUCCAUGCGCGAAUCACCUUGGACCAGAUCGAGAAGAUGCCCUGGACCCGUGCCGUUGUUAAGGAGACUCUUCGCUACCGCCCGCCCGUCAUCAUGGUCCCUUACAUUGCUAAGAAGGACUUCCCCAUCACCCCUGAAUACACUGCUCCCAAGGGUUCCAUGGUCAUCCCCACCACGUACCUAGCUCUACACGACCCGGAGGCAUACAAAGACCCAGAGUCAUUCGUUCCUGAGCGAUGGAUCACUGGUGAUGCUGAUCAGCAGGUCAAGAACUGGUUGGUGUUCGGCACGGGUCCUCACUACUGCUUGGGCCAGACAUAUGCCCAAGCAAAUCUCAUGCUCAUGAUUGGCAAGGCCAGUAUGUUGUUGGACUGGAAGCACACGGUCACGCCCUUGAGCGAGGAGAUUAAGGUCUUUGCUACGAUUUUCCCCAAAGAUGACUGCUUGCUCACUUUCUCCGAGCGCAAUGCUCAGUAGAUUCAUGUUGUGUCGUUGAAUGCAUCUGCAUUUUAGCGAAGCUCACCUUGCAGCUUUGCGACUUCAUUUUAUUCCAGAUCUU